AGCCCCCAGAAAGGGUAUUGAGGGCCCCCCUGGAGGUCAUUGCUGCUGUUCUGUCGCUGUGUGCUGCAGCAGCAGCAGCAGCAGCAGCAUUUGCUGCUGCGUCUGCGGCGGCCGCCGCCACCGCCGGAGCCGCCACGUGCUGCAGCAGCAGCAGCAGCAGCAGCAGCCACGCAGCCGGCGACGCCGGGCCGCCCCGGGCCUCUAAGAGCCUCCCAGUCAUGGCUGCGAAGCAGAGGCGUUGGCGCAGCAAAAGGCAGCAGCAGCAGCAGCAGCAGCAGCAGCAGCAGCAGCGGCAGCAGCAGGGCUUCUUCAGGGGGCCGGCACAGAGAGACCAGCCAGAAGCAAAUCUGUGGGGCCGGGAGACAGGCAAGGAGCAGCAGCAGCAGGGGCGGGCCUUCGCUUCGACGGGUGUCUCUGCAGCAGCAAAAAGCAGCAGCAGCAAAAAGCAGCAGCAGCAAAAAGCAGCAGCAGCAACAGACGAAAGGUGCAGCAAAAAGACCACUGCACACCACGGGGCUGCUUAA